UUUCCCUUUCUGCCUUUGAAAGUAACAGGUGGAGUAAAGCACCUGGAGGAAAGCACCAUAUCAAGAAUGAUGAGUCUCUGCCUUUCAGUGGAGUGCAGAGGUUUGAUGAAGUGCUGACGAGAUAAGCAACAGGAAACUCGUGUUGUUGUUGUUGUUGUUUUAAAUCAUGAUUUACAAGCCUCAUAUCUGAGGUACCAAGUUUUAUUUUGGAACGUCUUUUUUCUAAUUUGCUUAACAGAUCUACAGCUUCCGCUAAAUAUUUUGAAAACACAUCGUCUGUGAACAGCCGAUGAACCAUUCCCAAAUACCAUGCAUUCUAGCACAUAGUUUCUUAAUUUAUAUUUACAUAAAACAAUUUAGUAAUUUCACGAAAAAGUAUAUAUUUUUCGUGUUGUUCAACCGUGUCCAUACCACCUCGUGUAUCCAAAAGUAAACAAUGCUCUUAUUUUUAGAGGAGAAAAUACGUAUUUCCGUUAUUCAUCUGGUUAACUGUUGACCCGUUGCCUUGAUGCAGCCGUCGCUAGCUAAACAAACAUGGCUCUGUUACAAUAUCAGACUACAGACAUUAACGAUACGUAGGCCUGUGCGACGAUUAAUAAGUAAAAUGCUAAACGUAAAGCUGUAGAUGGAGAGCGGAUGUAUUAUUGUGUUGGUUAGCUAAGUGUAGCCUUUUGUGGCCGUGUUUACACAUUGCUAGCUCUCCAGUUGGCUAAUGUCAGCUAGCAAAAUGGACCUUGGAACAAUGUUGUACAACAAUUUAAAAGAUGUUACAUGGAGCACGACGUCUUUACCAUUAGAUCAGCUUGUCAGUGCUUACAGGUUGCCUCAAAUUGUCAAGCUUGAUAACGGUCAGUUGGUUGAAGGGCUCAGAGACAAUGACUACCUCUUGAUUCAUUCCUGCAGACAGUGGACAACUAUAACUGCUCACAGUCUGGAGGAGGGACACUAUGUCAUUGGGCCCAAAAUAGAGAUCCCGGUGCACUAUGAAGGUCAAUUUAAGCUCCUGGAGCAGGACAGAGACGUCAAGGAGCCUGUGCAGUACUUCAACAGUGUAGAGGAGGUGGCCAAAGCAUUCCCUGAGAGGGUGUAUGUCAUGGAAGAGAUCACAUUCAACGUUAAGAUGGCAUCAGGGGAAUGCAAUGACGACACUGAAGUUUACAACAUUACACUAAGCACUGGUGAUGAACUGACAUUAAUGGGCCAGGCUGAGAUCCUGUAUGCAAAGACCUUUAAAGAAAAAUCAAGACUCAACACCAUUUUUAAGAAGAUUGGGAAGCUAAACUCUAUCAGUAAGAUCGGUCGAGGCAAGAUGCCUUGCUUGAUCUGCAUGAACCAUCGCACCAAUGAGAGCAUCAGCCUGCCUUUUCAGUGUAAAGGAAGGUUCAGCACCUGUAGUCCAAUGGAGCUUCAGAUGCAGGACGGUGAGCACACCAUCAGGAACAUUGUUGAGAAAACCCGUCUCCCGGUCAAUGUCACCGUACCCAAUAGUCCACCCCGCAACCAGCAUGACCUGCACCUCAUCCGUGAGGGUCAUCGCUACAAACUGGUCAACAUUCAGACGAAAACAGUGGUUGUGUGCUGCAUUCUGCGAAGCAACAAAAUUAUCCCCAUCCAUUUUCCUUUUCACCAGGCCAUGCCUAGCUUUAUUAUUCCAGAAGAAUUGCUGCAAGGAGAGUUGUGGCUAGAUACUAUGGUACAUCGCUGGUUCUCUUUCUGUCAGGAGCAGUUUGACAUAGAUGACUAUUCCCGUGCCGUCCGCGAUGUGAGGACAGACUGGAACGACGAUGGUAAGAGCCCUAAGAAAAGUAGUGGGAAUGGUAGUUGCUGCGGAAACAGUGAAGGCAGCAGCACUUCCAAUGGGUGUCCUAACCACAUGCAGAUUCCCAGCUCUUUGACCUACGCCCGAGAUGAACUCACCCAGUCCUUCCACCGACUAUCUGUGUGUGUGUAUGGCAGCAAUCUACAUGGUAACAGUGAAGUCAAUUUGCAGGGCUGUAUGACACUAUGUGGAGACUGGGCCCUUCUGCCCUCUGACAACAUUCCUUCAGACUCAGGAGAAAAUGAACACUUCUUCCCCGAGUUUCUGGAUAGCACAAGCCAACAGCAAUCCCUCAACAAGUCAGACGUUCCCUAUGAGGAGCUGUGGUUGGAUCAUUUGAGAGGUCAGAUCCCGAAACCUUGUGCAAGUGAGGGCAUUCGAGGCAUCAACAACGGCUGCGGUACAACAGCAGCCAUGUCGUACCCAAUCGCUUGUCCUCUUGGUGCUGUAACCUGUUCAGAUGUGCCUCUUACUCCACCACCGGUCCCACCCAAGUCUGAAGCUGUGAAGGAAGAGUGCCGUCUUUUGAAUGCCCCACCAAUUCCCCCACGAAGUUUGAAACAGAUGCCAUCAGUGCCCAUCCUGUCUAAGCCACGGCAGCAAGAGACCCGGUCUCCCAGUCCGACCCUGUCCUAUUAUUCUUCUGGUCUCCACAACAUCAGUGGAGCGUGUGAGCAAGAAGCAGCCGACGCAGCCGAUCAAGGGGUGUGUUACCCCUGUAACUGGGGUAAAUCCAACAGCACUGAGCCAAAUGCGAUGUUGCCCAGUGGUAGCCUGCCAUUAGACGGGAUGUCAUCCAGGUUAUCUUGGCCAAAUAACUUCAGCGGAGGAGAAUCUCACGGCACAGAUGAUUUUUUGCCAGCCAGCUGUCGAAGCUACUACAGUUACCCCAGAAAGAGAUCCCCGAGCACCCCCAAAACCUGUACGUCCAGCCUUGUUGACUUUGAUGACCGAGAACACGCACACUGCAGUAAAGACUUCAGGUUGCAAAAAACUUCUCUGAAUCAGUUUUGCACCAAGUCUUCAAGUUACAACUCGGAAAUGUACAGAGACAAGCCAAUAGAAGAAUCUAACACUAAGCAGAGCCUCUCUUGCCCCAUCUUACCACCGAGAACAUCAAAAUCAAAUGCUAUAAAGACGUGCGCAGAUGUUGUGUCAGGAUCAGUCUGUGACAGUGAGCACGAGUCUUCAAAUUGCUCACUUAAUCAGCCUGAUCAGGGCACAAAAGAGAUGUAUUCCAUCCUUCCAAAUUCAUUAACCCCUAAUUGUCCAUCCUUUUCUCCCACGGCACAUUGGCAGCCCCCGUCCAGUCUGGCAGGUCUGUCUAUUGAAGAAGUGUCCAAAUCUCUAAGGUUUAUUGGCCUGCCGGAUGACAUUGUUUCUCUUUUUGUAUCUGAGAAGAUUGAUGGAAAUUUACUCCUGCAGCUCACUGAGGAGAUUCUGUCUGAGGACUUCAAGCUAAGCAAACUGCAGGUGAAGAAACUCAUGCAGUUUAUAAAUGGGUGGAGACCCAAGAUUUAACUAACAGUAUGACACUAAACCUUGUCAUAAAACGGAAAGUCAUGCCUUCAAUAUAUAUACUAUGCACACCAAGCCACAAAGAUUAUUCUUUUUGUAUAAUAUGAAUUUAUUUCCUUGUUACUAUAUUGUGGGUAAGAUACGGUUGGGUAAUAUCACCCAGGCCACUUAAAGUCUGUGACUGCUAUUUACUAACUGAAUGGACUCAUUUCGCACUUUCUUGCUGACAUUUACAUGUCAGCUACUUAGUACCGUUAGACCCAAAGCCUACUAGUGUUCAUGUCGUCACACAAAUCCUGAUUGACACCAACAAAUUUAAAGGAAAACAUUGAUGUGACAGAGAGACAUAAUUAACAGAUCUGCUGGAUGAGGACUUUGUGUGAUUUUUGUUCUUAAAGGGGGAUGUCAAAACUUUACCCUAACCCUACCCUAUUUCUAGGAUUUUUAAAAUAGCACAAGAACCUGAGCUUGGGCUAUAAUAUGUGUUUCUUAUUUACCACAUGAAAAAGAUUUGAUUUUAUAGUGGAUACAUGGCAAAAAAUAUGAUACUUUAAUUUUUUUAAUUAUGCCAACAUUGCAUCCCAAGCAUGCAGUCAUACCGUUAAGUACUUAGAGAAAUCUGAUGUGCACACUGUUUUUAGUUUUUUGUAUGGGAUUCAUUCCUACACUACAAGUCAGGGGUAGAGAUAGAGAACGUUGCUCAUUUCUUAACAUGAAUCAAAACUGUCGGUUUUAAUUCACUACUGUUGAAUGAAGUCAUGACCCUCCCCACUGCUAACAGGUAUUAAGAUAUACUUGUGUUCUUUAAAAAAAAAAAAAAAAAAAAAAAUCUACCCCUUGAAGCUCUUCCCUCCUUCACCUUUUGGCAAGAUGUCAGUGAUGUAAAUCUGAUCUUUGUGCUUGUGGUAUCAUACUGAUAUGCAGUUCCUUAGCAAAAGAAGAGGCAACUAAAAACAACUAAAUAAGACUGACUGAUGUCUAACAAAAUGUUGUCCUUACUUUAAGACCGACAUGGGGGUAACCAACACAGUUAAUGAACCAUGAUGUUCUAUAUAAAAUACAAAUUAUGCAUCACGCACUUUGGUAGGUUUCAGCCUAAUUAAAUGCAUUUGAGGUCAUUAAAUAUAAACCUGUAAAAGAAGAUUGUUUAUGUAGAAAGUGAAUGCACUACAUGCUUUUUGAACACUAAAAUGGUACUUCUCCUUUGUUCUAAUUGUACGUAUUGUAAGUGUCCUCUAAUGCAAGUAACAAGUAAAAGAUUUUUCUGCGCCUUAACCCAGAGACCUUAAAAUAUAUAACAUUUUGUUUUGACUUAAUAUUUUUUUAUUUGGUCAGCCUCUUGUCUCUCUGCCAUGAACGUCUCUACAGGAAGAUCAGGAAAGGUGAAGGUGUGUAUUUCCGUAGACACUGAGACGCAUGUAAGGUAAGAUUGAAAAUGAAACAUUGGUUUGUACUGGUACCAAACUUUUUUUUCUAUACCUAAAUUCCGAAGUAUUUAUGCAGCUAUUUAACUCAUGUAACAUGAUGUGAAAAUAUGCAGAAUAGUAAUUGUCAGACUGUUUGUAUGGCUGAUGUUUGAAAGCGUCUCAGCAACAGCCUUUUACAACCCUGUAUGAUGGCCAACAGCUGUUGUUUUCUCCUGACAUGUUUUUUUGCAGUGGGGUGUUACAUAUUUUACUUGAUAUUUUUAUUGUAAGUGUAAAUUUAAUGUAAUUUUUAAAAAGAAAAUUAUUACUAAUGUUGAAGAUAUUUUUUAUUAAGAAGAAAAGCUCGUGCUCAUGUUUUGUUUUGUUUUGUUUUUUUAAAUUCUGUGCAAGUUGGGUUCUACUUGGGUUAAAUCCUUGCAUUAAACUAAUAGCCAUGAAGAAAAAACAAACCCUGUAGGCCUCAGUCAAACUACAUAUACAGAGACCAAAAAAUAACAUUAGUAAGGCACUUGUCUAGAUAUCUUUCCAGGUUUUCUUGCAACUUUGUCACUGCAUCUACAUUUUUUUUUAUGGGUAAUGGCAUGUGUCCCCUGACACGGCGGUUAAUGUCCUAUGCAAUAGCCAUGGCACUGCAAAGAGAUCAAGGGAACAACUAAACAAUGUCAGCAAAAGGCUGUGGAGUAUUAGGUGUUUUGAAAUUGAAACAGUGUUAACAUCAGGGGACUGAAACUAGUAAAUGCCAAAGAAAUUCUUCCAAGUCAAUAAUAAUUCUGAGAAUUUAACUGUGAACACACCACAACGGCUGACUCAGUCCCACCAAUACACCACCAUCAAGUACUUAAUACUAAAGUAUAUUUUAUCUUGAUAAAGCCUGUCAACUCUGGACCGGGACCUACAUGAAUUAUUGUCAUUUUUGUGCAUAAAAGAUAGAAGUGACUGUGACACUGGGUUUGAUAACAUUUAGUAAUGGCCAGCCUCUCUGAAAUGAUGAGUUAUGGACGGUUAUCUUUCAAGUCUUGUUUUCUUAUUUUUAAUUGUGUAAUCUAUUAAAAAUUGAAUAAUUCA